AUGUGUAAACAGUGGGUGGUGUUUCUAGGAGCGCUGCUGAUCUGGGUCAUGUCCACGCAGCCAGCCUUCAAACCAGCAUUGCCUCCCGUGAUCAAGAACACACCUUUCAACGUUUUCUGGGCUGCCCCAACGAUACAAUGUCAACAUUUCUUCAAUGUGAAUCUGAAUCUUCAGUUAUUUAAUAUUAUAGCAAAUCCUGCAGAAACGCAGAGCGGCUCAACCAUUGUCAUAUUUUAUCCGGAUGAAUUAGGGUUCUACCCUUAUGUCUCCCAAGGAAAAUCCUUUAAUGGAGGGAUCCCACAGAAUAUGAGCCUUCCUGAACACCUUAGGAAAACCGCUGAGGACAUCAGAAAAGUUGUCCCUUGGUGGAGAUCAGAAAGUCUUGUUGUCAUUGACUGGGAAAGCUGGAAACCUCAAUGGGAUAGAAAUUGGGGAAAUAGAAUGAUAUACAAAAAUUAUUCCAUGGCUUUCACUGGGAAUCACCACCCUGAUUGGUCAGAAAUAAAAGUGAAAUCUGUUGCCCAGCAGGAAUUUGAAAGUGCUGGAAGGAGUCUUAUGAACACCACUCUCACCCUGGCUUCAGAAAUGAGACCAAAAUGCUUAUGGGGGUUUUAUCUUUAUCCUGACUGCUACAAUUAUGAUUACAGGAUAAAUUCAGAAUUGUACACAGGCAAUUGUCCAAAUGAUGAGAUUUUGCGCAAUGACCAGCUCCAGUGGCUGUGGGAAAAAAGCACGGCCCUUUACACUUCAAUUUACUUGGAUACAAUAUUGAAGUCCAGUUUAAAUGCUUUGAAAUUUGCUCAUUAUCGAAUUAGAGAAGCCUUGAGAAUUGCUCAAAUGGCUAGGCAAGACUAUGCUUUGCCAGUGUUUAUUUUUUCCAGACCAUUUUAUUUACAUGGUAUUGAAACUUUGUCACAGGAGGACUUAGUACAUACAAUUGGUGAGAGUGCAGCACUGGGAACAGCAGGCAUCAUAUUAUGGGGAGGAAAUGAAUAUUCUGCUUCAAAGGAGAGCUGCUUAUCUGUGAAAAAAUCUGUUGGGGGGCCCCUGGGCCAUUAUGCUGUUAAUGUGACUUCUGCAGCAAAACUUUGCAGUCAAGGUCUAUGUAACUAUAAUGGACGAUGUAUCCGAAAAACACCUGGGUCUUUCUCCUAUCUGCAUAUGCCCGCAGGUAGUAAUAAGAAGUUUGUUCUAGACAAAGGCUUCAGAUUCACCAUCUCUUCAUCCAGUAAACUGAAGAUAAUAGAGGACAUGAAGAAUGCAUUUGUGUGUCACUGCUAUUAUGGUUGGCAUGGAGAGUCUUGCCAGAAACACUCUUCAGAACUCUUUAGAGAGAAUAAUAAGGCUGCAACAGCCAACUUUAACUUAACAGUUUUUCUCAGCAUGAUCUCAUCUGUGAUUCUGCUUAAUUUUUUGUAUCCCUACUACAGUAUCAGUUUUUUUCCUUGCAAUGCUGAAAAGUAA